AUGGAGGCUAUCCAGCUGGCCCAGAUGCUAGCCGACCUGAACGACCUCCAGGCCGCUGCUGACCCCGCAAUCCGCCCUCCCGUGCAGCAAGAUCAAGGCGCCGCGAAAGCUCUCGUCGCCGCCAACAAGAACCUCGAGCGCGCUGCCAAGGACACGCCCUCGCUGGGCUCGCAAGCCCAAUCCAAAGGCCCAGGGACGCCCGCCGCCGACAGUAGGAUAGCCACGCCGGCAGGCAGGUUCGACAAACUCGGCCGUCGCAUUUUCAGCCCUCCCUUGUCGAGGACGAACUCGUUCACGCCGUCCUCGUCAAUUCCCGGCACUCCUCGCAGAGAAGAUCUCGAUGGAGAUAUCGACAGGGCGUCGACCCUUCUAUCUCUCUACGAGAUUCGGGCAAAACUGAAGGAGCAGGACAACAGCAGUCUUCACAGAGCCCGAGAGAAGAUCAAUGCGCUUGCGGCCAAACAGGCACAGCUGGUUAAGCAGCAGCAGCAGCAGCAGCAACAGCAGCAACAGCAAGCGAAGCUGCCUAGUUCUCAGCGUAAGGACCUGAAGAAGUAG